AGUCCUGCACGGAUCCUGCUCCAGGACUGCCCGCCGCCCCGCCGUCGGGACCUCGGGAGGGCGGCGGCCCGGGGCGGGGAACCGGCCUCUCGCCCGCCCCUCCCUCCCGACGGCCAGCAGUUACCUGGCUGAGCAGUGCUGGAAUGGCGGCUUCAUCUACCUGAUCAUGCUGCGGCGCUUCAAGCACAAAACCCAGUCUACUUAUAAUGGCAACAGUGGCAACAGCUCUGAACCAGGAGAGACACCUACCUUGGAGCUGGGUGACCGAACUUCAAAAAAGGGGAAAAGAGCAAGAAAGUUUGGGGUCAUUUCCAAAUCUCCCACCAACAAGUCCCCGGAGGAAUCCAGGAGCAGCGCCAGCUGUGAGUUGGCCGAUGACACCAGCACUGAGCUGGAGAACGGCACUGACCCUGAACUUGGAAACGGGCAUGCSUAUGAGCUAGAAAAUGGCCCGCAUUCUCUCAAGGAGGUGGCUGGACCCCAUCUCGAGAGAUCAGAAGUAGACAGAGGGACGGAGAACAGAACUCCAAAGACAGAUGCUCCUCUGGCCACAAGCAAUGACAAACGUCGCAUCUCAAAAGCUGGAAAGACGGACUUUCAGUCAAGUGACUGCCUGGCUCGGGAGGAAGUUGGUCGGAUAUGGAAGAUGGAGCUGCUCAAAGAAUCAGAUGGGCUGGGAAUUCAGGUUAGUGGAGGCCGAGGAUCAAAGCGCUCACCUCACGCUAUCGUUGUCACUCAAGUGAAGGAAGGAGGUGCCGCUCACAGGGAUGGCAGACUGUCCUUAGGAGAUGAGCUGCUGGUAAUCAAUGGUCACUUACUGGUCGGGCUCUCCCAUGAGGAAGCUGUGGCCAUUCUUCGUUCAGCCACCGGAAUGGUGCAGCUGGUCGUGGCCAGCAAGGAAAGCUCUGCAGAGGACCUCCUCAGGUUGACCUCUAAGAGUCUGCCUGACUUGACCAGCUCGAUAGAGGAUGUGUCCUCAUGGACCGACAAUGAAGACCAGGAGCCAGACGGGGAAGAGGAGGAAGGGACCAGCUCAUCCGCCAUCCAAAGAGCAAUGCCUGAGUCAGAUGAACACCAAGAUGUGUGCGGCCCUGAGGAUUCCAAGGGGAACUUGGAAAGUCCCAAACAGGGCAACAGUAAACUGAAGCUCAAGAGUCGUCUGUCAGGGGGUGUCCACCGUCUAGAGUCAGUGGAAGAAUAUAAUGAGCUGAUGGUGCGCCACGGAGACCCCCGGGCCAGGAUGCUGGAGGUCUCCCGAGAUGGCCGGAAGCACUCCCUGCCCCAGCUACUGGACUCCGGAGCAUCGCAGGAAUACCACAUUGUGAAGAAAUCCACCCGCUCCCUAAGCACCACCCAUGUGGAAUCUCCCUGGAGACUCAUUCGCCCGUCUGUUAUCUCCAUCAUAGGCCUGUACAAAGAAAAAGGCAAGGGCCUUGGCUUUAGCAUUGCUGGUGGUCGAGACUGCAUUCGAGGCCAGAUGGGGAUUUUUGUUAAGACCAUUUUUCCAAACGGAUCAGCUGCAGAAGACGGAAGACUUAAGGAAGGUGAUGAAAUUCUAGAUGUCAAUGGAAUACCAAUUAAGGGCUUGACGUUUCAAGAAGCUAUUCAUACCUUUAAGCAAAUCCGGAGCGGGCUGUUUGUCUUAACAGUUCGCACCAAGUUACUGAGCCCCAGCCUCACACCCUGCUCGACCCCCACACACAUGAGCAGAUCGAGCUCCCCAAACUUCAACACCAGUGGGGGAACCUCAGUGGGAGCCUCUGACGAAGGCAGCUCUUCAUCCCUGGGUCGGAAGGCCCCUGGACCCAAGGACAGAAUUGUCAUGGAGGUCACUCUCAACAAAGAGCCAAGGGUUGGACUAGGCAUUGGUGCUUGCUGCUUGGCUUUGGAAAACAGUCCUCCAGGCAUCUACAUUCACAGCCUUGCCCCAGGCUCAGUGGCCAAGAUGGAGAGCAACCUGAGCCGCGGAGACCAAAUCCUGGAAGUGAACUCAGUCAACGUUCGCCAUGCAGCUUUGAGCAAAGUGCACGCCAUCUUGAGCAAAUGCCCCCCGGGACCCGUCCGCCUGGUCAUCGGCCGGCACCCUAAUCCUAAGGUUUCCGAGCAGGAAAUGGAUGAAGUGAUAGCACGCAGCACUUAUCAGGAGAGCAAAGAGGCCAGUUCCUCUCCUGGCUUAGGUACUCCCUUGAAGAGCCCCUCUCUUGCCAAAAAGGACUCCCUUAUUUCUGAAUCUGAAUUCUCCCAGUACUUUGCCCAUGAUGUCCAGGGCCCCUUGUCAGACUUCAUGGUGGCCGGCUCCGAGGAUGAGGAUCACCCAGGAAGUAGCUGCAGUGCCUCUGAGGACGGCAGCCUGCCUCCCAGCUCCUCCACUCACAAGGAACCGGGAAAAGCCAGGGCCAACAGCCUUGUGACUCUGGGAAGCCAGAGGACCUCUGGGCUCUUCCACAAGCAGGUGACAGUUGCCAGACAAGCCAGUCUUCCUGGAAGUCCACAGGUCCUCAGGAAUCCUCUGCUCCGCCAGAGAAGGGUGGGCUGCUACGACGCCAACGAUGGCAGCGAUGAGGAAGAGUUCAGCAGAGAAGGGGACUGCAUUUCCCUCCCGGGAUCCCUGCCAGGUCCCAGCAGGCCUCUGAGAGAAGACGACUCUAGGCAUGCCUUGGUGACGUCUCCCAAGAUCACAGAUGUCAACAGGCAAGAGGAACAACCCCAGAAAACCCAGGUCAGCAAGGCCUCCUCAGUGCCUCUCCUGGGCAGCUCGUUGUACUUGGAGGAGAGUGUUCCAGAGGGUAUGGUGGAUGCUGCUUCCCAGGCAACCAGCCUGCGGGGUUCUACAGAGGUCCCAAGGAAUGGCCCUGGAGGCUCAGGAAGAAAGGAACUGUCAGGAUCCAGAAGUUCACCCAAAUUGGAAUACAAAGUCCAUAUAGACACCCAGAGUGUGAAGAGCACAGAGAACCCCAUUCCCCCCCAGAAGAGUGAAAACCUGAUGUCCAGGCACAAACCCGUGGCCAGGGUCAGCCCACACUGCAAGAGGCCCGAGGCAGAGUCCAGCUGCUCAGAGACAGAGUCCCUGAGUGACAAGGCUGAUGGACCAUGUGGUCAGGACUUAAAAAUCCAGGCCACUGCCUUCAAAGAGACUGUCACUGGUCUUCUACCCGAUGGAACUGCAAAGGAGGAACCUCUGGGGAAGCUGACCCCUGGGGAUGGAUGUGUCCCGAUUGACUGUGGGCCAGCCAGUAUUCUGUGUCACCCUGACCCCGGACAUCUCACAGAGAACCCCCCCGAAGCUGCACCAGAGUGGGGGCAACAGCCUGUGACUGGACCAAACAGCCCUCCAGCCCUGCUCCCUGCCCCAGGAAAGGAGGCCACCCAUCCUGAUCUCGGCAGGACCUCCCCGGAGGCCUGGCAAGUCAGCAGGCCUGAGAAGGCUGGCCAGCCUGUGCUGCCCGGGGUCGUGGAGCCUGAGGCCCAGGGCAGAUCUGCUGUGACGGUCCCCCACGAGGGCAGCACACCCCCAGGGGAGAAGGCAGUGACCCCUCCUGGCUUCAGCAAGACUCUGGCCAGCUGCCAUGGCACCACCAGAAAGGCAGCUGCCCCCAGAGUUGUGGGACCUGGGGCCGAGGAGGCAACUCCYUCCAGUGCCCUCCUGCCACCAGACCUCAUACCCCAGGAGCAGAGUCGAGGAGCUCCAGCCACCCACUGCAAGGGCUCCAAAUCCACGGAAGACCAAGCCCCCGAGACCCCCCAGGAGGCCACUCUGCUUGAGGUCACAGAUGCUGUGUCUGCAAGGGCGUCACGGUCCAGCCCCUCCCUGCCAGUGCCCACUGACAAGACCAGCGACACGUGUGAUGGUGUCUCGGGGCACUGCUGCCCACUGGGGAGCAGAGAGAGCCUGGUGACAGACAUUGACAGAUCCAUCCAGGGGUCAGAGGCUUCUGAAGUGAGGCCUCAGUCUUCUCAGAAAGGGGGAGGCAGGGGUCACCAGGGCAGUUCUCAGGUUGUGCUGCAGGCAGGAGCUGGAGGUGGCAGUUCCCAGCAUGCCCUUCCAGCCACAGGUGACCAGACCUCCUCCCCCAGGAAGGCCUUGGCCACUGCUUCCCCAACAGCCCCACUGUGGGCCUCCCAGCCUUCAGUCUUAGAUUCCAUUAAUCCCCAUAAACAUUUUACUGUGAACAAAAACUUUCUGAGCAACUACUCUAGAAACUUUAGCAGCUUUCAUGAAGAUGGUCACUCCCCGUCGGGCCUGGGCGACAGCACAGAGCCGUCUCUCUCCUCCAUGUAUGGAGAUGCCGAGGACUCCUCUUCCGACUCCGAGUCACUCACUGAAGCCCUGCCAGCUUCCACCAGGGACAGCGGGUCACAGCCUCGUUCUCAUGGGCCUUCUCCCAAGGAAGAUCCUACAGAGUCUGAGGAGGAACACGUUGAAAUUUGUUCCACGAAUGGUCACCCCAGUCCACCCUCGACGACUCCCGCUCAGGCUGCGCCCUGCCCGGCUUUAGCCAAAGUCCUGCCGUUGAAGCACAGUGCGCUGAGCGAGUCCCCGGGAGACCCCUGCGAGACCGCGUCCUUCUUGCCAGGAGCCUCCUGCACCUCCAGCCCCAACUCUCCCCAGCUGUUUUCACUCCUGGAUCUGAGCGCUCAGGAGCAGGAAACUCCUGCGGAGGUGAGCAUUUCACAGGGUCACCGGCCUUUGUGUGCAGAAGAAACUAUGGAAGUGAACGGCCCACCUUCUAAAGUUGUCAGGCACAGCCCACCAGUCCCGCUCGGCUCCCCUCACGUGGUGAAUGGUUUGGGACAUGACCGGCUGCAUGACAAAAACCCAGACAGACAAGAAACCAAGGCAGACACCACUGAAAACGCGUACCCCCCCUUCAGUGUGGACAUCCCAAAGAACGGAGAGUCUGUUCUGGCAGACCUCCACAUCUCGGAGAGUCAAGACCUGGAUGACUUGCUGCAGAAACGAAAAAUGAUCUCCAGGAGGCCCAUCAUGGCCUGGUUUAAAGAAAUCAAUAAAAAUAGCCAAGGUUCCCACGGACAGAGCAAACCAGAGAAGGACUACCCCACCGUGCCAGCCAGAAGUCCCGACUCCAAAAUUCAGAUGUUGAGCUCAAACCACAAAAAGGGGGUUGCCAUACCUAAUAGCCCUCCUCCGCUGAAAAUCAAUCUUGACAAUAAAGAUUCAACUAAAAAGGGUUCGGUGGAMACACUUUUAAGUAACUGUCAGAAACCCAAGUGCGGCCCGAAGCUGAGGAGACUCAGCAUCAAAAGCAAAAGCAAAGUCGGCUCUGAGGCCCCUGCUGCUAAUCCUGCUAAGGCUGGUGGGGCAGACCACAGGAAAUCCUUAAUUUCACCCCAGACCUCCCACAGAACGCUUUCCAAGGGAGCGUCACACCGGUUUCACACAGCUGACCAAGAAGAACAWGACAAAAACACCACAGACACCCCCCAGGCUCCCCAGUGUGUGCUGGAGAGCAGGCCACCCCCGGCUGCCUCUGGGUCACUGAAGGCCUCCGCAUCAGACACGAGCAUCAGCACAUUCAUUUCCCCCCUGACCUCCCCAAAGACGCUUCCUGAACAAGGCGCAUAUAACCGGUUCCACGCGGCUGUCCACUCAGAAUCCAACAGAAGUUGCCCAGCGACCCCCAGAUCUCCCAGGUGUGGACCCGAGGGCAAGGCACCCUGUGCUGUCUCUGGGCUGGUGAGUCCCGCAGCGUCCAGGAGCAGUGUGUCCCUGGCAGGGGUCAGACAGAGUGAGCCACGCACAUCCAGUCAGAUGGUCUCAGUGUCAGAUGCAGCCCCACCCAGGGGGACCAGCGAAAAAGGAAGCAAGAGAAUCGCUAGUGAUCCCCUGGAAAGAACAAACCAGCUGAAAAUAGUUGAGAUUUCUUCUGAAAGAAUGCCAAAGAAUGCAUGUGGUGACAAGCCAGCUGAAAGUGACAGACAGGGAGGGUUCUUGGCCCAGGGCAACUGUCAGGAGAAGAGUAAAAUCAGAUUCCACCAGUCAGUGGAAUCAUCCCCAAAUCAUCCAUCCUCACUCGUGCCUCCUGCCCCCCAGGUGGAGCAGGAAAUGCAACGAUCCUUCAGUGUGGCCAAACUGGCUUCCUCCUCCUCCCCUCAACUGCCUGCUAAAAAGGCAGAUCCCUCCCAGGGAAGAUCGAGCCUGAUGUCAGACUCCCUCGGGGUGCCCAAGAAUGACAUACCAAUGGCCCCUGCUGGGGAGGACCAUCCCUACUUCACCCCAAGGCCAGCCACCAGGACCUACUCCAUGCCAGCCCAGUUCUCAAGCCAUUUCGGACGGGAGAGUCAUUCCCCRCACAGCCCUGGUCGCUCCCCUAGGAAUGGCCAGGUCCCUGUAACUAGCACGGGUCUCCCUGAGGCAAAGGCAUCCAAAGGCAGUAUUCUCAGCCUGGCCAAUGGACAGGCUGUAUAUAGUGUCAAGCCUCUGCAGGAAACGUCAAAGAACGUCCCAACCAUCGAGGAAGGCGACAUCACCGCCGUCCAGGAGACAAGCUGCCUUGUCACAGACAAAAUCAAAGUCACCAGGAGGCAUUACUACUAUGAGCAGAACUGGCCCCAUGAAUCUACCUCAUUUUUCUCUGUGAAACAGAGGAUCAAGUCUUUUGAGAACCUGGCCAAUUCUGACCGGCCCACCACCAAGUCCGGGGCAUCCCCAUUUUUGUCUGUAAGCUCCAAGCCUCCCAUUGGCAGGCGGUCAUCUGGCAGCAUCCCUUCAGGGAGCCUUGGCCACCCAAGUGACGCAGCAGCGAGGUCACUGAGACGCAGCUUGAGUUCCUGCAGCGAAAGCCAAAGUGAAUCCGGCGCUCUUCUCCCACAGAUGACCAAGUCCCCGUCUAGCAUGACUUUGAUUGUCUCCCGGCAGAAUCCACCAGAGACCAGGAGCAAGGUUCCAGAUUCAGACCAAAAGAAAUCGCUUGUUCCUCUGGGAAUCCCCACCCCGACCGUGACUCCAGCCUCUCCCAUCAAGAAGAACAAGUCCUCGGUGCGCCACGCCCAGCCCUCCCCUGUGUCCCGCUCUAAGCUGCAGGAACUGAGAGCCUUGAGCAUGCCCGACCUUGACAAGCUCUGCAGCGGCGAGGACUACCCCACAGGGCCCUCCGCCAUGCUCUUCAAAACCCAGCUAGAGAUCAUCCCCAGGAGGUCGCUGGGCUCCCCCAGUGGCUCCCCAACUGCAGGCCUUCCUGGCCUUGAUGGACCGGCCACCCUUUCAUGUCCGGGGAAGGGUGGAAACAGGGCCUGUCCAGGAAGAAGCAGCCCUACAGCCAGUGAGCCUGCAGCACCCAGUUCAGCCAACGAAGUGGGUAAAACCACCCAGGACCUGCCUUCGGGAAAAAGCUGGUCAGUUAAUUUGGAUCAACUUGAAGUCUCAGUGGGGGACCAGCAGAGAUUACAGGCUGUUUUGUCAUCGGUGGGAUCAAAAUCUUCCACCCUCACUCUCAUUCAGGAAGCGAAAGCACAAUCAGAGAAUAAAGAAGAUAUUUGCUUCAUAGUCUUGAAUAAAAAAGAAGGCUCAGGUUUGGGAUUCAGUGUGGCAGGAGGGACAGAUGUGGAGCCAAAACCAAUCAUGGUCCACAGGGUGUUUUCUCAGGGGGCGGCUUCUCAGGAAGGGACUGUGAACCGAGGGGAUUUCCUUCUCUCCAUCAAUGGCACCUCGUUGGCUGGCUUAGCCCACGGAGACGUCUUGAAGGUUCUGCAUCAGGCACAGCUGCACAGACAUGUCCUCAUGGUCAUCAAGAAAGGGAAUGAACAGCCCAGAUCCUCCUCCAGGCAGGAGCCUCCCAUGGCCAAUGGAAAGGGUUCGCUUUCCAGAAAGACCAUGUCUCUGGAGCCUGGAACUGGGAGAAGCGGAGCUGCUCCUGGUGCUCUGUGUGUUGAAGUGCUAAAAACCUCAGCUGGGCUGGGACUGAGUCUGGAUGGAGGAAAAUCAUCCAUGUCUGGAGAUGGGCCCCUGGUAAUUAAAAGGGUGUACAAAGGUGGUGCAGCAGAACAAGCUGGAACAAUAGAAGCUGGAGAUGAAAUUCUCGCUAUUAAUGGGAAGCCCCUGGUUGGGCUCAUGCACUUUGAUGCCUGGAAUAUUAUGAAGUCUGUUCCAGAAGGACCGGUGCAGUUAGUAAUUAGAAAGCAUCGGAAUUCAUGAAUUUCAUCAUGACUCUUGUUUUCUCAGUCCUUUCCUCAUUUUAGCAAAUCAGAAUGACUUCUUUAAAUGACAGGUUCUUGAAACGACAAAUAGUAUAGACGAGACUAUAAAAAUCUCCAAUUUUUUUGCUUUUCCACGAAGCCUGACCUGUUGUGUUGCAGCAGCAAUGAAGUUGAACUCUGGAAGCCUGCAGGGGUCGUUUGGUUCCAGUGCCUAUGCCCUCCUUUUAUGUUUGCAUUGAGGACACAAGAGGUGACAUGCUCUUCUUCAUCUGAAACACCUAGAUACACCUUUACUUCCCUCCUGCCACCUCUCCCAACAUACAGUCCUGGUGCAAAGAGACCGGAUGGGUAACACAAAUGUCACAGCUAAAAAGACUAGUUUUAUAUAAUUUUUUAAGUAAGUGACAUGCUUUUAGGCACAGUCAAUGGAAGGAAGAGCUGUAAGUCUAUAUAUGUUAUCCUGAAAAGAAAAUAAGACUUAGAGAAAAAAAAUGAAAUUAUGACCUAAUCAUUAGGCUGAGCUCAGGAAUUAUCUAAAUAAUGAAAAGGCGAAAUAAAGAAAGUAAUAUUUUUAACUAGUGUAAUGUACAAUAUAUGGGUGCAGAGUUCAAUUCAAUGGGUCACUGACUAUGAAGUAAUGAUCACCUUCAAGCUCUCCAAGGUUAAGUCAAAGGCUGCUUUACAGUAUAACAGCUCCAAAAACUGCACUGAACAGCCGUGAGCUUCACUGCCUACAGGAGCAGGGAGUUGCAGAUCUGAAAGCACCUUGCAUCUGGUUUUCAAGCCUGUCUUGGAUAAGUGCUUAAAUUCAAGACUGGACAACACAAAGCAGACAAAACUAUCAGCCAUGGGUUUCCACUUCUAUAUUUCAUGCACUCCAACCACUCAUUUCAACUAAAUUUUUAGAAGUAUCUUUUUAGUGUCCUUAGAUUUAUAAGCAAAGGUAUUCUAUUUACAAAUCCAAAUUGAGCAGCAUAUAUUAAUCCUUUUGAGAAAAACUUUGGGUUGGUUUUUCUCUGCUUUCCCAGCACACUUAAGAAAUGUGACGUUUCUAGUUAAUAGAUCUCUUUUCUUGACCUGGUAUAACAAAACUCUAUAAUGAUUGAAGUUGUUGCUGUUGUGUAUUCCUGUUUUGCAAAUUCUUCCUUUUGCUAAAAGUAUUUUCCUCCAGAAGAAUGUGACUCAUGCUGCUUGUGAACACCCCCCCAGCUGCCAUAAGCUUCUUCAAAGUACCCAUUCUUAUCCCAUGUGCCAUUCCCCUGUGACAAAGUUGGCUUUUCUCCCCUUGCACUAUACCGUAUUUUCCUAAAUUCCAAAGCCUCAUCAGCUUUGUUUACCAAAAUGUAAGAACGAAAAUGGAAAAACAGGGUGAGUCACUGUCAAGGUGAAGGAGUAUGUAGUAUUUACAACUUAAAUCCUCGGGUGGUAAGAAGCCAGCCCAUUGAAUCCUGGAAAUACGGGUGGAGAUUGUAUUUGUCAUACCUGCAUGCAUGAUUCUAAGGUUUUAUGUUGUGAUUUUAAAAAAUAACCUACAGCCAGGUAAAGGGCUAUAAGUCCCAGAUCAUGGAGAUACUUGAGCUGUCAUCUAUAUACAUCAUUUUUCUGAGGACCAAUUCUGCUAAAGAUCUGUGAAGUUGGCCCAGUGAGGUCCCUCAGAUGGGAGUAAAAUACCUGGCUUGUCUGAGCCCAGAUUUCUCAUUUUUCAACAGGUUAUGCAAAGGAAAAUAUAGUGCAGCAGUUAGCUAGAAAAACCUGAUUGAUUAAGCUUAGAUUCUAAUUUUCAUUAAAGUUACAGGUAGGAUAUUAUAGGAAGUCAGUGCAAGGUGCAUGCUAGAUUAUUUUUGAAGUCUCUGGGGUCAAUUUCAUGGUUUCUACUUCUUGCCUAAAAAUUAAGAGACUACUUGAAGUCAAUACUGAAAACCAUUUUUUGCCUCUACUUUUACAGCUCUGCCUUUAAGAAAUGUAGAAUCCAUCAUAAAACUCUAAUAGUAAAGAAAUGCACACUUCUAUGUGAACAGACAGAACUUUCUAGAGCAAUGGCAUUACAAGGGUGGACCUCUGGCUUCUCAUACCAAGUCAUCAGCUAUUUCUAUUCCAUCAUGCCAGAAGGAUUCCCUGACCAACAGUAGGAAUUUAAGGGAAGAAGCAAAAGCUGAAUUUUGAUCCUGAGAGAUAGAAAGCUAUUUAUUUGUCUUCAGUGUUCAAGGCAUGACUAGUGUUUCUAAUUAGUCUAAUAAGCUCCCACGCUUCCUGAAGUGAACACUAUAGUAUUGUCCUACUAAAACUCGUUUGUUUUUUUUAAACUGGUCAGUCAUUCACAGUAAGCUAUGAGGGUAAAUGUGUCAUAACAUGUAAAUCGUAGUUGCAAGAAUAUACCGUGAAAGCUGAGGAGGUUGGGUUUCAUUUCCACCCUCCCACAUGCAUCUCAUUGAAUUGUAUGGUUUGACAAUUAUUGGCACCACACUUGUUGUAUAUUAUACAUUAUCCUUUAUUUAUGUAAAAUAAAAUGCCUUAUAUAUUAAAGAGUAAGUGCAAUAAUAUGAAAUAGCUUGUACAUUUUUAAAUGUUCUUGCCAAGUUAUGUAAAUCCACA